UCAACAUCCGGGCAUGCGCAUAUGUUGUGUGGGAAGAUGGGCGGAGGUAAGGCUGAGGAACUCAUAGAAGAAGUAGUGGAGGGCUAGACUCGAACCGCAUCUGAACUCCCUUCCACCCCGUUCCGUUUUGGUCGUUUCUGUAAGGUGUCGUCGUCCCCCCUAAGCUGUCUAUCUCUGACAGAGCGGCUUGAUACCCGCGAGCGGGCCUUUUUCGCUGUGUAGUUGCUGCGCACGCUCCAACUUCUGCUCCCCGUGAGCAUGCGCGCUUGUGCUCAAUCUUUGACAGAAGAUCCACUUCGCCCUUCCACAGGACUCAAAAACAAGGAGAAGGCAACUAACUGACUCCAUAUAUGGCAGCUUCCUAUGUUCCUAUAUUCCCUGGAGUUUGCCUGUGUCAAGGGCAGCAUAUGUUAUCUUAGAAUUUGCCUUGGCAAAGCAGAAUGGAUUUUACAGAAGCCUAUACUGACAGAUGCUCUGCUGUGGGGCUUGCGGCUAGAGAAGGAAACGUCACACGUCUGAAGAAGCUAAUUAAGCAGGGAUGCAGCGUUGAUGUUCCUGAUAACAGGGGUUGGUUGGCAAUCCAUGAAGCCGCAUUUCACAACAGAAGUGAAUGUCUGAAGGUCUUAAUCCAUGCAGCACCCUCAGAUAGCUACAUAAGGUCAAAGACCUUUGAAGGCACUUGCCCGUUGCAUCUUUCUGUGAGUCGGGGAAGUCUGGAAUGUGUUCUUCUUCUUCUGGAAUCGGGAAGUGAUCCAAAUGAACUUACUAAUGAUGCCACCACACCCUUAUUUUUAGCUGUUGAAAAUGGACAUAUGGAUGUGAUAAAGCUGCUACUUCAACAUGGAGCAGAGGUGAAUGGAUCCCACUGCUGGUCUGAAUGGAAUUCUUUGCACCAGGCUUCGUUCCGGAGAUAUCCUGAGAUACUGAAAUUACUCCUUGACCAAGGAGCCAACAAAGAAUCUGAAGAUGACUAUGGGAUCACACCUUUAUUCAUUGCUGCACAAUAUGGAAAUCUGGAGUGCUUAAGGACACUUAUAUCAUAUGGAGCAAACGUCAAUUGCCAAGCCAAGGAUCGGGCCACCCCAUUAUUCAUUGCUGCACAGGAAGGCAAGGACAGCUGUGUGGAGUUGUUGUUAUCGACAGGGGCAGAUCCAGACCUGUAUUGCAAUGAAGAGGACUGGCAGUUGCCUAUCCACGCUGCAGCACAAAUGGGGCACAGCAACAUAUUGCGUUUACUUAUCCCAGUUACUGACCGGCUCUGUGGCAGUGCUGCAGGCAAAGUGAGCCCUGUCUACUCAGCAGUCUAUGGUGGCCAUGAAGAUUGCUUGGAACUUUUGCUUAAGGAAGGUUACAGCCCAGAUGCACAAGCCUGUCCAAUCUUUGAGUGCAGCUCGCCCAUGUCCCUGGCUUUCCAAAAAGGACAUCGGUUAAUCCACAUUCUUCUGAAGUAUGGGAUCAUGCUUCUUGAAACAGAUUUGGGCCUCUGCCUGCGCCAUAAAAAAUUCUCAUUAUUCCAGCAUUUCUUGAAAUGGGGCUGCAAAGUUUCUUCUGGUCAGCAUGCACUAGAAUUUUUAAAGGAUGCGACUGAGGUCAGAGGCGAGUACAAGGAGUGGCUGCCAUCUCUCCUGUUGGCUGGGUUCGAUCCAGCGAACCUCCUGUGCGAGAUGUGGAUUUGUUCAGUAAACGGUGAUGUCCUUAAUUUCCUUCUGGAGUUUACUAAUUGGAAGAGGCUUCCUUGGAAUGUGGAGCAAAUCCUUUCUGACCACAAAUGCUCCUCCACUUGGGUGCCCUGUGGUCACUUUGACUCUAUACCGUCCUUGUCUCAUCUUUGCCGCCUGGAGAUUCGAUCACUUUUGACAAGCGACCGCUUACGAUCGGACCGAUUUAUCCGCCAGCUGCCGUUACCCACUUGCCUCCAGGAUUUCUUGCUGUACGUGGACGUAUUAAGAACACAUGCCAUUUCAGAAUCUUCGCUUAGACUGGGGGGAGUGUAUGAAGAAAGCGCCCUAACCCCUCAAUCCAGUUCAGAGAACAUAGAGAGAAGAGAAAAGUAGGAACUGCGGAGGGAUCCUGUGAACACCUAAGACCUCUGGCUGUUGUGAGGCAGGAUCCUGGCGCUUCCUGAAAGUUGUUUCAGUGGUGGUCAUCUUUGCGGUUGCUCAUUGUAUUAUGUCUUUUCUUAAACACCACUUGCAGUUGUGCAUCUACUUCUAUGGCUUCUUCUAACAUAAUUGAACAUUUUAAGUGAAUGAAAAUAAUGUGCAUUAAAUAUUUUAAUGGAUCAUUCUGUAAUAAAGACACAUUUGUAGACAAA